GUUUUUCCCCCCGAGACUCUGAAAGAAGACCGCAAUCCCAAUGUCCCAGUUUAAGCGUCAGCGGAUCAACCCACUUCCAGGGGGACGUAACUUCUCAGGCACAGCUUCAACAUCUCUUCUGGGUCCUCCUCCUGGUUUGCUCACUCCUCCUGUGGCCACAGACCUGUCCCAAAAUGCCAGGCACCUUCAGGGUGGGGAGAAGCAGCGGGUCUUCACUGGCAUUGUCACCAGCUUGCACGACUAUUUUGGGGUGGUGGAUGAAGAGGUCUUUUUUCAGCUAAGUGUGGUGAAGGGCCGGCUGCCCCAGCUGGGUGAGAAGGUGCUGGUGAAGGCUGCAUACAACCCAGGCCAGGCAGUGCCUUGGAAUGCUGUCAAGGUGCAAACGCUCUCCAAUCAGCCCCUACUGAAGUCCCCAGCACCUCCCCUUCUACAUGUGGCAGCCCUCGGCCAGAAGCAAGGGAUUCUGGGAGCUCAGCCCCAGCUGAUCUUCUGGUUUCUUCCUUCUGGUGAUGGCUCAACCUCCAGCGAUGACUAUGACUCCAAGAAACGCAAACAGCGGGCUGGUGGAGAGCCUUGGGGUGCUAAGAAACCAAGGCAUGACUUGCCUCCUUACCGAGUCCAUCUCACUCCCUAUACUGUGGACAGCCCCACCUGUGACUUCCUAGAGCUCCAGCGCCGUUACCGCAGCCUCCUGGUCCCCUCAGACUUUCUGGCUGUGCAUCUGAGCUGGCUGUCAGCCUUCCCUCUGAGCCAGCCCUUUUCCCUCCACCACCCGAGCCGUAUCCAGGUAUCUUCUGCAAAGGAGCCAGCUCCAGACACUGGUGCUGAGCCCGUCCCCGCAGACAGUGACCCCGCGUACAGUUCCAAGGUACUACUGCUCUCUUCCCCGGGAUUGGAGGAACUGUUUCGUUGUUGUAUGCUCUUUGUGGAUGACAUGGCUGAGCCAAGGGAGGCACCAGACCACCCUCUGAAGCAGAUUAAGUUUCUGCUGGGCCGGAAAGAAGAAGAGGCAGUGCUGGUUGGGGGUGAGUGGUCUCCUUCCCUGGACGGCCUCGACCCCAAGGGCGACCCGCAGGUGCUAGUCCGCACCGCCAUCCGCUGUGCACAGGCCCAGACCGGCAUUGACUUGAGUGCCUGCACCAAGUGGUGGCGCUUUGCUGAGUUUCAGUACCUGCAGCCAGGACCCCCGAAGCGGCUCCAGACCGUGGUGGUGUACCUGCCGGAUGUCUGGACCAUCAUGCCUACUUUGGAAGAGUGGGAGGCCCUGUGCCAGCAGAAAGCUGCAGAGGCAGCUCCCCUGGCCCAGGAGGUGCCCGUGGAAACAGAGCCUACAGAACAGGCAAGUGAGGCAUCGGAGCAAGGAGCGGACACCAAACAGAAUGCAGAGAACCCGGAGGCCACCACACAGCAGGAAGCGGACACGGACCUCCCAGAGGCCCCUCCCCCACCUCUGGAACCCGCUGUCAUGGCCCGCCCCGGCUGCGUGAACCUCUCCCUCCAUGGCAUCGUGGAGGACCGCAGGCCCAAGGAAAGGAUCUCUUUUGAGGUGAUGGUGUUGGCUGAGCUGUUUCUGGAGAUGCUGCAGAGGGACUUUGGCUACAGGAUUUAUAAGAUGCUGCUGAGCCUUCCCGAAAAGGUCGUGGCCCCACCUGAACCUGAGAAGGAGGAGGUGGCCAAGGAGGAAGAAGUGGCCAAGGAGGAGGUGGCCAAGGAGUCCAAGGAGGAGGUACAGAGUGAGGGCACAGCUGCCGAGUCAGACACCCCACCGAAGGAAGAUGGGGUUCUGCCCAAACCCCCAUCUUCUGGAGGAGAGGAAGAAGAGAAACCCCGGGCUGAGGCGUCGGAGGACCUCUGUGAGAUGGCCCUGGACCCGGAGCUGCUGCUGCUGCGGGACGACGGGGAGGAGGAGUUCGCAGGAGCCAAGCUGGAGGAUUCCGAGGUCCGUUCUGUUGCCUCCAACCAGUCAGAGAUGGAGUUCUCUUCCCUUCAGGACAUGCCCAAGGAGCUGGACCCCUCUGCCGUGCUCCCUUUGGACUGUCUUCUUGCGUUUGUCUUCUUCGAUGCCAACUGGUGUGGCUACUUGCACCGUCGAGACCUGGAGAGGAUCCUGCUGACCCUUGGGCUCCGGCUCAGUGCAGAGCAGGCCAAACAGCUGGUCAGCAGGGUGGUGACCCAGAACAUUUGCCAGUACCGCAGCCUUCAGUACAGCCGCUCCGAGGGCACGGACAGUGGGCUUCCUGAGGAGGUCCUCUUUGGAAACCUGGACCUGCUACCUCCUUCUGGGAAAAGCGCAAAGCCAGUAGCUGCCCCUCUGGAACACAAGGGCCUGGUGUCCCACAACGGCAGCCUGAUCCAUGUGGGGAACCUGCUGCAGCGUGCGGAGCAGCAGGACAGUGGGCGGCUCUACCUGGAGAACAAGAUUCACACACUGGAACUGAAGCUAGAGGAGAGCCAUCACCGCUUCUCAGCCACUGAGGUAACAAACAAGACGCUGGCAGCUGACAUGCAGGAGCUGCGCUCCCGGCUGGCUGAGGCCGAGGACACGGCCCGCACAGCUGAGCGGCAGAAGAACCAGCUUCAGCGGCUGCUGCAUGACUUCCGGAGGCGCCUGACCCCCCUGCAGCUGGAGAUGCAGCGAAUGGUUGAAAAGGCUGACAGCUGGGUAGAGAAGGAGGAGCCAGCACCUAGCAACUGAGGGCUUGACGCAGGAGCUGCCAUCCUGCGAGGUCAGCGAUGGAGCCUGCUCAAGUUAGAGCCCUUUGGUUCCAGAGAGAAGCUGAGCAGGACCUGGGAGCAGGCGGGGCAGCUGACCCGUGCUCAGCCUGUGGAGGGGAGCUCAGGCCGUCAGGUGGGGUCUGCCUGUGCUAUGUGGACGGACGAGUGAGGAACCGGUUCCACUUACAACUAAAUCCAACACCUGCACCCCUCGAAUGUCAUUUUGCCCUCCACCUUGGGGUUUCUCCUGGGGCCCUUUAGUCUUGUGCUUUCUCCUGUCCUCUUCCAGUUUAGAGUAAGACAGGGGAGGAAAAGGCUCUUUGACUAUGUCGUAAGGUCUGAUGCCAAUAAAUGAAGAAACAGACGUGGAGUCUGGCUGGGGUAAGCGCCCCUUCCUGUGAAUGGCACAGAUCCUGCUGGUCACAGGCACGGGUUCCUGGGGGAUGAGUGUCCUGGGGCCUGUGGAGGAAGGGAGUCGGUGCCAGCCAGCUCGCUGUUGGGCUGUCGGCCUGAGCACUGUCCGAGCCCCCCGGACUUGCCAGCAGGAACCAGCACUUCUGCCCCCGGCUCCGUGUUCAGAAUGUGGUAUUGGCUCUGGCCCAGCCUUUUUCCCGUUCCCCAUGAGUCUCACCUCUUUCCGUAAUCCGUGGUUUCAGUUUGACUUUGUACAUAAAGUUGUUUUUGUUUUUUUUUUGCUUUUGUUUUUUAAAUAAACCAAAGUAAAAACAAA